CAUGUAACCAAAAUGACACACAUGUUUAAUAUGCACACCCCUCUUUUUUUCCAUGUGGGGGCAGUGCAGUUCUAUUAUCAAUAUCAAAUUUCAUUCAGAGGAAGUGUGUGGAUGAGCUUAAACAUUUUCGGUCCGUCAGUUCAAGGCAGAAGUCCUCACAUCACUAUUCAAUGAUAAGAAGCAAUGGGUGGACCAGUAGAUGGCACUAAGCUCAUUUUGAGUCGAAAGGCAUUUCUUAUAGAAACCCUAAGGGAAGAUUCGGAUUUUGUCCUGCAGCAUUGCCAUUCACUAAACAUACUGUCCAAUAAUGAAUACAACAACAUCAAAGACAUUAAUAACCGAUCAAAGCAGGUUCGGGAUAUCCUGGAUUAUGUGAUUCACAAAGGCAACAAAAGUGCACUGGAAUUCCUAAGGUUGCUGAGAAGACAAGACAUGCAAGACACAUUUCCAAAACUAGAGGUGCUUCAAGACCUGUCAAUCAACAAACGAAAAGCCCCAAAAUCUAUAGAAACAACAGCAAAAAGAAAAACAGAGCUGGAAAACAAUGUUCUCAGCGAGCAGCCAUGCAUGACCAAUUCCAGAAUGGUGACCGAGAAGGAGAUGAUGAAGGUCGCCCGAUGCAUUGGGAACAGCUGGAGGGAGGUGGGCAUUAUGGCACUGGAAAUGAGCACCACUACUCUUCAGCAGAUCGAGGAGGAUAACAAAUUACACACCGAACGCGUUUUUGCCAUGUUGCGACGAUGGAGCAUGCGCGAGAGGGAUGGGGCCACAGCAUUCUGUCUCUAUAACCUCUUAACCCAAGAGGAGAACGGCGUGGACCCCCGGAAAAUAAACUUUUUGCUGGAAAACAACUGAGGCCUGUGAGAGCACUCAUUAAAGUAGCACUUAGACACACCACUAGAGGGAGCUAUAACUGCUAGACAGUUACAAUAGAUAAUGUUUACUGCUUUAUGGUUGUUGUUUGUUUAUUAAGGGUAUAUUAAAGUACGAUAUAAGCUCAAGCGCAACAGCUUAGAAUAUCAAGCGGGUAUUUCAGAUGGUUCUUAAUGUCUAAACUUUUGUUUAGACAUUGUUUGCUUAAAUUAAGUCUUUUAUUGUGUGAUCCAUAAUUUCUUUUUAAAG